AUGAGUCAGGUUGCUCACUGGAAAGGAAUUUUCGACGUGAUUGACCAAGAUCACGACGGAAAGAUCACAGAGGAAGAUAUCAAAAACACGUACAGCAGCCUCGGACUGAAGGACGAGGGAGAGGCCGCAAAGAUGAUGGCAGAGGCAGACUCCGACGGGCUGGUCUUUAACGGGUUUUUGAAACUAAUGGGCACAAAAUACGGCGACUUCAGCGACCGCAACGAGCUGGAACAGGUAUUUGCAGCCUUCAAAGACGACUCCAAGACUUUGAAUGCGGCAGAGCUCAAAGAACAUCUCAUAAGCGUGGGCAAGUCAAACCAGGAUAUUCAGCUGAGCAAGGACGAUAUCAACAAUGUGCUCAGGACGUUCGGUAAGAAGAGUGAUCUUACUGGAAAAACCGCCUUUGCAGCCGACAAGUUCAUCGACACGGUUUCACGUUAG